GCAGCCAAUGAGCGGGCGGGGGCGGGGCGCGGCGCGGAGCGCAGUAUGGCGGCGCUGCGGGGCUGGUGGCGGCUGGCGCUGGGCGCUCAGAGCAGCUGGUGUCCCGCUGCGCUGUGCCGAGGCCGAGCGCUGCCGAAGCCCCCGCCGGGGCUUGCCCCUGGAGCUGGCGGACCGCCACGGUGGACGUCGUCCUUCUCCCAACCGGGCCCGACGGAGAGCGACUCCGGUGAGGGACAGGUCUUCCUCAGCGAGAGCUGCGUGAAGAGGCUGCUGGAGAUCACAGCAGGCUCGGAGUUUCUCAGGCUGCAGGUGGAAGGAGGUGGCUGCUCUGGGUUCCAGUACAAGUUUUCCUUGGACACAGUUAUCAAUCCUGAUGACAGGGUGUUUGAACAAGGUGGUGCCCGCGUGGUUGUGGAUGUGGACAGCUUGGCUUUUGUGAAAGGUUCCAUGGUGGACUUCAGCCAGGAGCUGAUUCGUAGCUCCUUUCAGGUGGUGAGCAACCCCCAGGCAGAGAAGGGUUGCUCGUGUGGGACUUCCUUCUCUGUCAAAUUCUGACUGGACUUCCUAUGGAUGGACACUGCCUGUCGAUGUUUCCUGGCAGACUUCAGAGGGCUUUUAUUUCUUUUCUCAUCUGCUCCCUCUCAUCACCUUUACCCUGUAAUGCAGCUGUUACAUGACUCCAGUCCUGUGUGUGCCUGCACUGAGCCUAUCUCCAAGAUUUGUUGGUAUUCCCUUCGGAAAUAUGAAGUAGCCUUGAAGAAAUUCAUGGGCAUUUGCACAUAGGAGCAUCUUUAGCGCCUUGCAAACCAUCAGCCAGGUGCUGCUGAAUUGCUUGCCCAGUCCUGGAUGUGGAAUCACUUAACUGCUUGUCUCUGCAAGAGAUGACUGUAUACAUAUGUAUAUAUGUGGUGUGUGUGUUUGUUGAAAGAUCUUACUACAAGCUCUGUGAGGCUGA